ACGGCGAUCCUCUCGCAGGUCCUUCGGCGGCAGACUCGUAUUCGCGGGCGCUGUUACCGUGUCGGUACUUCUACUGGCCUUGAUGUCCUUCGCCCUCAUGGAGUACAUGCGGAACCGCAGCCUACCAGUGGUCAAGGGCCUGUUCGGCGCCGUGCGCGGACAGAGGCUCGUGGUCAGCGACCAAGGCCGCGAGUGGACGGUGCUGGCCUUCCUGGGCGUCUUGUUUGCCCGGGUGCCCCGGGGACCUCUGCGCUUCAAGCCGCCGCAACCGCUGGUUUCACCACUCGGGGAGGACCAGAACGGCAACACGCUGGACAGCAUGGUCAAGGGCCCGCCCUGCCCACAGCAGGACUUCUAUCUGGGCCAGCGCCAUGUCGGCACCGGCAACGCCAGCGAGGACUGCCUACACCUCAACAUCUGGUCGCCCGCGCUGAACUGCACUCCCGACCACGAGUCGGGCUCCUGCGAAGCGAAGACCGUCCUGUUCUUCCUGUACGGGGCGGCUUUCCAGAACGGCGGAAACAGCUACGAGGCACGUGUUACACAUAACGUCGUCGCUAUAGACGCGCUGCUUCCAUUGGCAAACAGACGACCCCUUGGUGACUAGGUAACGCCAGAAGACGCGCGAACUCGCAGGCGAUCAUUUGCCCGUUACAGCCCAGCUAACUUCUGCGUUGUGGUUUACUGUUAAAAGGAACACUCUAAUGUGCGGCUCUCGACGUUGCUGUUUCGGUAGCUGCGAGUACCAACUGAAGCUCCGUCGAUGCGACGCCCAGGUGUUUAGAAAAGUCUCAACGCCACCAGCCACAGGUGAUCGCCUGCUAAGCCGAGCGAUUCUAUAUUGCGCCAGCGGAAAAAAAAAAAAAAACACGCACGUCAUAUGCACACUUAUAAGGUCCGCAAGUCGGGAACCAGCGAUGGCCAAGAUGCAUGUGUGUACGGUAUAGUUUCAGUUUGCGACUGAAAUAUGCUGACGCCUUCCGGUUGGGAGGCCACGCAAGC